AUGUCUCAAUCUCUUACGUGGGAUAGUUUGGAAUAUGAAUUGCAACCAUGGAUUAAAUUAGCAGUUGAAGCAAUGGGUUUUGAAGCUAUGACACCUGUACAAGCGUCCACCAUUCCGCUGUUUGCAGGAAACAAGGAUGUUGUAGUUGAAUCUGUAACUGGUUCAGGUAAGACUGUUGCAUUUGUGAUCCCAAUUCUAGAAAAGAUUAUUAAAGAUGGGGCUAAUAGCGCUGCAUUUAGAAAAGGCCAUUUCCAUUCACUAAUUGUAUCACCUACUAGAGAGUUAGCCUCGCAAAUACAACUUGUUGUGCAAUCGUUCUUAAAUUAUUAUCCAGACAACUGCUAUCCGAUACGUUCCCAAAUAAUUGUUGGUACGAAUCAAGUAACUGUGAGGGACGAUGUUGCUGAAUUUAUGCAGAAUAGACCUCAAAUUUUGAUCGGAACCCCUGGUCGGUUGUUAGAUUUUCUAAAAAUGGUUGGUGUAAAGACCACCUCAUGUGGUAUAGUUGUCUUAGAUGAAGCAGAUAAACUAUUAGAUUAUAAUUUUGGGAAAGAUGUCGAUAAUAUUCUAAAAUUUCUUCCGAAACAACGGAGGACAGGGCUUUUCUCUGCAACCAUUAGUAGUGCAGGUGAUGAAGUUUUCAAAACUGGUAUGCGAAAUCCAGUGAAGAUUUCAGUUAAAUCUCACAAAAAAGCACCGCAGUCCCUGAAGAUGAACUAUGUUGUCGUUGAGCCUGAGAAGAAAUUUGAACUCUUACUUUCGAUAUUAAACUAUUACAGAUUUAAGAAAUGCAUAGUGUACCUACCAACUUGCAUAUCAGUAACAUACUUUUAUGCCAUAAUCCAACACCUUACUAAAUUGGGUCAGAUGGACGAGGAUUUGAAAAUCUAUUCUUUGCAUGGAAAACUGCAGACAACUUCGAGGAUGAAAACUUUAGAGAAAUUUACUCAAGACCUGAAUAAAUCCGUAUUGUUGACAACUGACGUUGCUGCUAGAGGCAUAGACAUUCCAAAUAUUGAUUUAGUUUUACAAAUGGACCCUCCCACAGAUACAGAUAUAUUUUUACACAGAUGUGGUAGAACGGGCAGAGCAAAUAGAGUUGGAAAGGCAAUUGUGCUACUGAAUGCUGGAAGAGAGGAGGAUUAUAUACCAUUUUUGCAUGUUAAAAAUAUCGAAUUAGAACGUACUGAGAUUUCUUGCAAGCCAAUCCCAGGAUUUAAUACAAUAAUUAAAGAUUGGAUUCUAGAAGACCGAGCAAGAUUUGACCUCAGUAUAAAAGUUUAUGUUGGAUUUAUUCGGCAUUACUCGAAACAUACAGCCUCGUCAAUUUUUAGAUUACAGACUCUAGACUAUGUUGGGCUAGCAAAAAUGCAUGGACUGCUGCGUCUACCACGUAUGCCAGAAAUUCAAAAAUAUUUAAAUCAAGAUCAGAUGCCAGAAGAAGGAUGGUUAAUAAUGCCGCCUAUUAAUCUGGCGACUUUUGCAUAUGCUGACAAACAGAAAGAAAAGGCAAGGUUACAGGCAUUAAAGAAUACAAAUGAAAUCAUUGAUAAAAGGAAGUUAAAAAGUCAACUCAAGAAAAAUAUGGCGUGGUCCAAUAAAACUACAACUAAAGAAAACAAGGUAGAAAGGAAAACCAAAUUGGCUCAAAAGAGGAAAGCAAUUGAGGAGCAAUUGGCACGUGAGAACAGUAAUAGUGAAAGCGAAAUAGAGGAAGAUUGGAAAGAUAUUGUAAGACAAAGAAAAAAGAAGAAGGUAGACUCGCAAUUGCAAGGUGCUUUCGGUGAUCUAUAG